AUGACGAUUGACACCACGUUGAAGAAACGGAAAUUCGUUUCUGAUGGUGCAAAAAGACCUGCAUCAAGAAUCUUUUCUCCAUACAGAGUGGUUGGUAACGUUUCCACGCAUGUUCCAUUUGCGGUUGGUACAUUAGGUACAACGUUUUACAUUGUCACAUCAGUUGGUAGAUCAUUCCAAAUAUUUGAUGCUAACAAUUUGCACCUAUUGUUUGUGUCUGAACGUCAAACUGAGGGCGAUAUAACAUGUUUGGCAGCACACUACCACUUCGUGUAUGCUGGUUUCAAGAAUAAAGUUGGUAUUUACAAAAGAGGGAAACUAGAACAUCUAAUCGAGCUCCCAGACACAGAUUGCACGGUUACAAAGCUUAGUGUGUUUGGUGACUAUUUGAUUGCUUCGACAAAUAAGAAUGUUGUGUACGUUUGUAAGAAGCGUUCGGCUUCGGAUAAAUUUGCCACGGAGUUGUACACUAGCUUCACCAUUGGGAAGCUGCAAGGUGGUGAUGUUGUAGAGUUGGUUCAUUUGCCUACCUAUGUUAAUAAGCUGCUGGUUGUAACGAAAUCCAAUUUCAUCUUGUACAACGUUCGUACCGGUAAGCAGCUAUACACUUCGAACGAGUUCCCUGAUGAAAUUACGACAGCAGAGCCGGCCCCAGCACUAGAUAUUAUGGCAUUAGGUACUGCUACCGGGGAAGUUAUUCUUUUCAAUGUCCGUAAGGGAAAGAAAAUCAGAACCAUCAAGACCCCAAUGAGAAUCUCGUCUAUUUCAUUCAGAACUGAUGGUGCAUCGCAUAUGUCCGUAGCCUCAACCAGUGGUGACUUGAUCUUUUAUGACCUAGAUCACCGCAGUCGUAUUCAGGUCUUGAAGGGGAUUCACAAAGAAUUUAGCGGUGGUGUUGCAAAGGCAUCGUUUUUGAACGGUCAACCAAUUGUUGUCACUUCAGGUGGUGACAAUCACUUGAAGGAAUAUGUCUUUGAUCCAUCUUUAUCACAGGGCGAUUCUGAAGUUGUCAUCCAGCCUGCUAGAUUGUUAAGAUCAAGGGGUGGUCAUUCUCAACCACCUUCAUCUAUCGUCUUCGCUGAUGAUCAAUCCCAUUUUAUUUUGUCUGCCUCCAGUGAUAGAUCUUUCUGGGGAUUCUCCCUCAGAAAAGAUGCUCAAUCUCAAGAACUCUCUCAAAGAUUACACAAGAACAAAGAUGGAAACAGAAUAGCUGGAAGCACCAUUGGUGAGAAAUUUUCUGAAAUUACUGCCAUAGCAAUCGAGAAUAACAGACAAGGUCAAUGGGAAAACAUCCUUACUGUCCAUAAAGGUGAAAAGUUUGCUAGAACAUGGAACUCUAAGACGAAAAGAGUCGGAAGAUGGACUUUAAACACAAUAGAUGACGGCAUUGCUAAGAGUGUUGCCAUCUCUCAAUGUGGUAAUUUUGGUCUAGUUGGUUCGUCGAAUGGUAGUAUAGGCGUUUACAACCUUCAAAGUGGUAUCAAAAGAAAGGCUUACCGUCUACACAAGAAAGCCGUUACAGGUAUCGCUAUAGAUGGAAUGAACAGAAAAAUGGUUUCUUGUGGCUUGGAUGGUAUCGUUGGUUUCUAUGACUUCUCUAAAAGCGCUUUUUUAGGUAAAUUGCAAUUGGACGCACCAAUUACCGAUAUGGUUUAUCACAGAGGUUCUGAUCUUUUUGCUCUUGCAUUAGAUGACCUUUCUAUUGUUGUUAUUGAUUCAGUAACACAAAAGGUUGUUCGUCAACUAUGGGGACAUUCUAAUAGAAUAUCAUCCUUUGACUUUUCUCCAGAUGGUCGUUGGAUCGUUUCUGCUUCUUUAGAUUCUACAAUCAGAACCUGGGACUUACCAACAGGUGGUUGUAUCGAUGGUGUCAAAGUUGAGAACGUUAUAACUAAUAUUAAAUUCUCUCCAAAUGGUGAUUUAUUGGCAACAACUAGUGUUACUGGUAAUGGUAUUUCUCUAUGGACUAACAGAGCUCAAUUCUUCACAGUUUCCACUAGACAAAUUAACGAAGAAGAUUUCAAUAGUAUUACGUCACCCAAUAACUCAGCAGAUGGUGGUUCUAACUUGUUAGAUGGUGCAUUUAAUGAGAAUGAGGUAGACUUAGAUGAUACCAUUGGUAAGUAUGAUUCUCUGGAACAAAUUUCUAAGGAUUUGCUAACUCUCUCGUUAGGCCCAAGAAACACUAUGAAUAUCUUAUUAAACCUUGAUACCAUAAAUCAACGUUCAAAGCCCAAGGAGGCUCCAAAGAAACCAGAGAAGGCACCAUUCUUUUUGCAACUUGCCGGUGAGAAAGUGGGUGAUGAUGCUUCUGGAAGAGAAGGUGCUCAAUCAACUGACCUGGAAUUGUUGAAGAGCGAAAAGGAAAAGGCAGCUGCCAAAGCCGAUGCAGCAAGUGAACUAAAUAAAUUCAAAUCAUCUGUUAAACUAAGAGCUCAUUUCGAAUCUGAAUUUACUAGACUAUUAAGAGAAGGCUCGGAAAACAACGAUUACACUAAGUUCCUUGAAAAAAUUGUUUCUAUGACACCCUCUAAUAUUGAUUUAGAAAUUAGAUCGUUAAAUUCCUUUGAUCCAUAUGAUGAGAUCUGCUGGUUUAUCGAAGCUCUAUCUCAAGGUCUAAGUACAAACAAAAAUUUCGAUUUAUAUGAAGCUUACAUUGCUAUGUUGUUUAGGGUUCAUGGUGAUGUGAUUCAUCCAAACAAUAAGAAUGAGAAUAUUAGAAAUGCAUUGCAACAAUGGGAAAAUAAUCAUAAGAAAGGAGAAUCUUUGGAUAAACUAGUUAAGUUUUGUGGUAAUGCAUUGAACUUCGUAGCCAAUACAAACUAA